GGCGGGCCCGGCGCUCCCGGCGCGGCGCGGGCGGCUCCCAUGGCGGAGCCGGGCGGGGCCGCGGCGCCGCCGGACAUCGACCCCGACUUCGAGCCGCAGAGCCGCCCGCGCUCCUGCACCUGGCCGCUGCCGCGGCCCGAGGCGGAGGCGGGCGGCGCGGCGGGCGCGGCGGAGGAGGGCGCGGGCGGCGCGGCGGCGGGGCCCGGGCGGGCCGAGGGGGCGCGGGCGGGCGGCGCGGCGGCGGCGCGGAAGGGCGGCUCCCGGCGCAACGCCUGGGGCAACCAGUCCUACGCCGAGCUCAUCAGCCAGGCCAUCGAGAGCGCCCCCGAGAAGCGGCUCACGCUGGCGCAGAUCUACGAGUGGAUGGUGCGCUCCGUGCCCUAUUUCAAGGACAAGGGCGACAGCAACAGCUCCGCCGGCUGGAAGAACUCCAUUCGACAUAACCUGUCCCUGCACAGCAAGUUUAUUAAAGUCCAUAAUGAAGCCACAGGGAAGAGCUCCUGGUGGAUGCUCAAUCCUGAGGGUGGUAAAAGUGGAAAAGCACCAAGAAGAAGAGCUGCCUCCAUGGACAACAGCAGCAAACUCGCAAAAGUCAGAGGUAAAGCGUCCAGGAAGAAGCCUCCUCUCCAGUCUGCACCGGAAUCCUCUGCUGACAGUCCUGGCUCCCAAUUUCCUAAGUGGCCUGGGAGCCCGUCCUCAAGAAGCAAUGAGGACUCUGACGUGUGGAACACCUUCCGGCCUCGAACCAGUUCCAAUGCAAGCACCAUCAGUGCCAGGCUUUCUCCUAUCCUGACAGAGCAGGAUGACCUCCAUGAUGAAGAGCUGCUUCCUUCUCUGGUGUACUCCAGUGCAUCCAGCAACGUUCCACCAACUGUGACCGAGGAGCUUGAGCUCAUUGAUGGGUUAAAUUUGAUGUCUCCCAGCUCAUCUGUUCUGUCUACCCAGCAAUCUGCCUCCAGUGGUCAGAUCCAGAGAGAUUCCAGCUUUUCCUUGCAGAGCCCAAAUGCAUCUGGUCAGACUUUUGGCAAUUCCCUGUUUAACCCUGUUGAUAUUUCACUGCAAAGUUCUGUCAGCCAUUUCUCUGCCCCUCAGACCUUGGAAGCUCUCCUGACACCCAGCUCUCCGCCUCCGAGGGAUGUUAUGAUGACUCAGGUGGAUCCAGUUCUCCCACAGACUGGUAACAGGAUGAGCAGCCGAACUCUUCUGCUUCUGGGUGGACAAGCUGCCCAGAGUAAGAUGAGCUCAGGCAAUCCACGAGGAAAGCCUGCAGAGCAGCAGGCAGAACCAGUCGGUGCCAGUGUUUUACCAUCAACGCUUCCCAUAGUCACAUCUCCUCAAAACACUGCCAGCAUCACCAGUUUGAAGGCUCCAGUUUCUGCCCAGCCAGUCCAACUGGGCAGUCCAGUGCUUCUUUCAUCUGCUAGCCCUGCUCCCUUGGGAUUGAACCAGGACAGGCUGCCCACUGACCUGGACAUUGACAUGUACAUGGAGAACCUUGAAUGUGAUAUGGAUUACAUAAUCAACAGUGAACUCAUGGAUGGAGAAGGACUGGACUUUAAUUUUGAACCCAUUCUGCCUACUCCUAGCUAUCCCAGCACCUCACAGGCCUCCAACCAUACCUGGGUACCAAGUUAACUUCAGGAGCACAAAAAGUGUCCUUCAGGUUUUGAACAUUGGGUUCUGACUUCACUCCCCACCCCAGCAGAGAAGAGAAUGGAGCACGUUGGAUUCAGUUUCCCUGCACAUCAUGCCUUGGGCAGAAGGGGCUGCCCAUCUGGGAAGAAGGGGCAACCUGCAUCUGGCUGCAACAGGAAGAGUUUAAAAAUAAUAAUCCUGUUAUGUGCCAUGGCUCUUCCUACAAACCUGACCCUGCCUUGGACCAUCUGGAGAAGCCCAUGUCCAAAGAGGAGCCCUGGUAAAAACCUCAGCCAGAAGACUCUGUGCCAGGCAAUAGUGUUUUCCUGUGUGAUGAGUUGGGUUUGCUGGAGGAAUCCCUCACUGGCUGUCCUCUCUCUGCUAUGGCAGAAAGUCUCCCAGUGCCUCGGACUGGUGAAGGGCUGGCUCUGCUCUCGCUUGGCUUGCCCAUGGGGCAAAGUAGUUGGACUUCUUGAUUGAGCCACCAGAUGUGCACUUGGUAUCCCACAGGUUCACAGAGAAAUCAGAGGGAGCUUGUUGGUGGAAGCCCUGUGGGAGAAGGGUGUGCUGUUCCAGGGGUUGGCUUCAGUGUGCCCAUCACGGGAGCAUCCAUCGUCGUUCUGCAGGGAGGGGUGGUUGUGGUAUAGAAGGCUUCCUGUUGUCCACCUGGGUGGAACAGGAGGACACUGAGUUUUUCACUGUGCCAACUGAGCCCCAUUGAAUCAGAAGCGUGUUUUGAGAAGUCCCUAUGCUGUUCUCAGCACUUUCCUGAUACACCAGGCUGCUGUAAAAUAAGCACAGGUGCUAGUAGCUGUUUCUGGGACAUAAAAACAUCAUUUUGGGUUUGUUUUUUGAUCUGUCUUGCUACAGCAGCGAAAUGGAAAGCCUGGGUGUGGCCUUAACAGAGCCCUGGUUGCUUUUCAGAAGGGCAUUUUCUAUAGAUGAAAUAUUUUUUUACUAAUCUGGGAACUUUCUACAGCGAAUAUGAAGCCAAUGUAAUGUGUGUCCCUAUUAUGCAUCUCUCCGUCUGAGAAGGCAACAGAGACAGACUUCUUUUUCAGGGCUGUAUUAGGAACAAACACAUUUGAUGUUUGAUAAUGUAAAUGAUUGAGGGAAAAGAAUUGGCAGGUCCCCGUGGUUUCAAACCACCUUGGGGAAGAGUUGUACAUUAUUGUAAUCUAUAUGUAAAAGUAGGUGCAAAUUACAUCGAAGCUUUUCUAAACCUUUUUGAAUAUAUAUUAUAUAUUUUAAUUGAAAAAUGAGAUUAUUGGAUAAAAAAGAAACAAAACACAUUUGCUGCACCUGUCCCCUUGAUACCAGAUAACACUACAGUAUGGGAGGGGGCAGGCCUAAGGCAUUUUGGGCCAAGAAGCUGAAAAUGUUAUUGGAAAGGUGGGAAGGGCACUGCAGUGUGACUGGGGAAUGGCUGCUCUCCCCAGAACAGGCGGAGGGAAGGUGCCUGGCAUGGCAUUCAGCCACAGCUACCCAGUGUUUGCCUCACUGGGCACUCCUGCCAAGCCAAGGGCAGGACGUGAGGGAAUGCUAAUCAUUAACAGCUCGUUCUCAGCUAAUCCCUUAAGUAGCUGACCUGCAGCUGAUACAUAGCACAGAUUCCCUAGUCUGCUAAGGAGAUGGUGUGGACUGGAUCAUGCUAGAUCUGCUGAUACUCAGUAUAGCCCUUCUGGAGGGUGUGAUCAGUUGUAUUUGGUAGCUCACUUGUUGGUUUCUGAGGGUUUUUGUUUUCUUGCUGAAGUUUCUGCUACUGCUGGGGAGCUUGAAGCCUGUAGGCUCACCCUCAGGGGUGUGCCUGGGAUCUUGGCUCUGUGUUCUUGCAGAACAGAAGCUGGGGGUCAAAAGAUUACUUCAGAGCAUUAGCUGACAUUUUCCUGUCACUGCUUUGGUGUUUGCAGUGGCAGGAUCUGUGGGAAACAUGGUGCUUUCAUGAUGUUCUGAUAGGCGUAGCCUGGCAGAAAGACUCUCUAGUCCUUUCUGAAGGUGGCUUCAGUUCAGAAAGUUUGUAUCAUGCAGUGCAGUGAGCCCAUACUGUUUUACCAGCUUGUCUGCUCUGUUUUCAUGGGCUUCAUUUUCAUUUGAGUGGAGAUUGGAAUAGGAGUGGUUGCCUGGUUACCUGCAGCAAGGAGUCUUCAGAAGUCUUAUCUUCAGCAUGCUCUGCCGUCAGAGCCUUUGAAUAGUUUGAUAACCUUUGCUUUGAAGGCUUCCUCCAUGGCAGACCUCCCAGUGAUGUUUCAAAUUUACCCACAAUCUACAUGUCUGGCCACACCUCAUUGUAACAAACAAACAAAAAGGCAGUUCCUAAGCUGGGAUUCCAGGUCUUGCAGACUUGAGUGGUGGAUGCACAUUCUCACUGGAGUUAGUUCAUUACACAAAUGGAUAGAAACCCUUUCCACAAACACCUGAUGGCAUGUGCUACACAUAAGAAUCAGCCAUUCUGAGCUGCACCUAAUAGAGCUGGAAGGAUUUAUGUCACUUGGCACAUAAUAUGCUGCCUUGUCAGCUUGGGUCCUGGGGGAAGUUGAUCCCAUGAGCUACAGAGCAAGUGGAAUAGCUUCACAGCCAUGUAUCAAAGGACAGGACACUGCUGUGUGUGGUCAUGUUAAAUGUGAAACUCUGGCUCGUUUCCCAUGAAAAUGGAACCCAAAAUGAUAGGAAGGACAAAAUUAGUAGCCAGUGCUUCAGACCUGCAAAUUCAUGGCGAGCCCCUUCUGGCUGGCUUGGUCUGUGGGCAAGAAGGGCUGUCUGCAGGCUGUUCCAUAGUGUCCCUUGACUGUGACAGCACCAGGAGCUGGCCUGGUCUCUCUCUGCAGAGAGCCUGGCCCUGAGCUCUCAGGUAGCACCCCAGGGAGAUCUGACAUGAUCCCAGCUAUUACAUGUCCUCGGCCUGUUCCAGCUGAAGGAGAUGCAAGACCAAGGCUCAUCAUGGUUGGUGCCCUACAGUGUGAGUUAACAAGAGAUCCUGUACUUUGAUUAAGGAAUAGAGCACUAUCUUAUUUUUUUCCCAUACUCCCAAGCCAGACUUCUGGAAAAUCACCUGUCCCUGGGGACAGCACUGGAGACAGGAGCACCUCUGGCUGGAGUCCUGCUGUACCAGGGUGCUGACAGUGAUGUUUCUGCCUUGCAGAAAGUCCAUGCAGGUGCUUUUUAUCUCCUCAACACAGCAGAAGCUGUCAGUGGUUGAAGAAGCCUGAGAGUGCACUAGUGCUGAGGUUUGUGUUCAGAAGACUCAUGGAGUGCUCAGUAAACAAUGAAUGUAAUGUUGCAGGGUCAAGCAGGCAACUUACCUUCUCUUUUAUGUUUUUAGCAGGAUAGCUUGUAUUGUGGGCACAGAGGGCAGGGAAGAAGAGAAUUCAGGAGUUCUACAAACACUUCUUAACUAAGUUCAUUUUCAUAAACCUCGAGCUUUUCUAGCCUGGGGUAUUUCCUCAUAGGACACAGGAGACUUUAAAGUUCCUAAACUGCUGCUUGCUGAAAGGCUAUACCUGGCAGGGGGUUGCCCAAUAUUUGUCCUUUUUUUUUUUUUCGUAUUCUUGCUCAAAAGUGUUUGCUACUGGCUGCUGCUGGAGGUGGGAUAAUGUCUUGGUGGCUCUUCAUUCUGCAUUAGCACUGCAGGCACCACGCUGGGGAGUUAGUUUUUGCUCCAAGGAAGGAUUGGACUGGGAUUUUGAGAGCAGCUGUGAGCUGAGUGGAUCGGGGAAGGGGCCAGUGACAUGGGAGUGAUGCUUCUGCAGAGGUACCUGAGCGGAGUGGGCAGGGAACCCUUGGCAUGAAGCUUUACUUUGUGCUGUGUUCCUUGUCCCCACUGAGCUCAGGUAACAAGUUUCUCCAUCUUCAGAGGAUCAAAUGCCAUCUUUCACAGUGUGAAGCCACCAUGCAGCUCAGGGCCACGAAGGAUUUGGGUAACUAAACCCAUGGAGCUUAGUAGGAGGCAGACUUGUUGCUUUUAUUUACACCUGGGUUUAGCAAAUUGCUUGAGCUUUCUUUAUAAUUUAAGGAUAUUUUACUAUGCUCCCAGCUUCACGUGAGAGCUUGGAAUAUUGAAAGUUUCUUGGAGCCCUUAAUUUUCCUUGUUGAUGUGUCUAAAAACAUGUCAUCCUUACCCUGUGCUGCUUUAAAAAGAAGCAGUCAAGUCAUCCUGGUGAAAGGAAUGAAGCAUUCCAGAGCCUGGGUGUAUUCAUAAACAAGAGUCAUAAUAGAAGCAAAGUAGCACUAAUCAGCUUUUCCAAAGGAAAUGCCUAGAAAGCUUUUAUGUAGAUCAUAAUUUGUUAAUUUUCUUACUUAGUUGCUUAUUUAUAGCCACACUCAAAUGCUUCAGGGCUAGCCUUGCUCCAGGAUUGAGGAACCUGUGUCUGGUGCCAUGGGUAGGAGUGCCUUGGAAGUGGUGUCCUGGAGUGUCACCAAAAUGUGAAAGCUUGGACCCAUUAUAAAAAAACCCCACCCAAAUCAAUCAACUCUGGGACAUGAGCAUGAACAGGGAUAGCUUAGGGUUUGCCUCAGUGACAUGUCUAAUGAAAAACAUGUUCUAAUUAAUGUGGGGAAAAGCAAGCAAGAGGUGACUUCUGAAGCCUGAAAUAUCUGUCCAUGUGAAAGCUUGGUAGUGUGUGGUAACCCAUCACCACAGCACUCGGCCUUCAGGAAAGGGAUCUCCUCUCUUCACCAGCCUUUCUGUCUUUCCCUGCACCCUGACAUGUCUGUAGCUGAUGGAAAACGAUCUCUGGUCGAUCAAAACCACAGCUAAUGCUGUGGUGUAAAGCAGGGAGAAGAGGCAGCAGAAGCUGAAGGUGAAAGAGCUGCUGCUGUUGCAUUUCUGGCCCUCUGGCUAAGGCAGCGUUACGGCGCGUGGUAGAACAGGAUGUCCACAGCUGGUGGUGUGGGGCUCCCCAAGGUGUCUUGAGAGGUUUGGCUACAUAGAAGAUAGGUCACUUGUCCUGAAAGGAGCCUUCUUCAUAAGGCAAUGGGGGUGGUUCUGUGAAAUGAUGCUUCCAGCACAGUGGAGUCUUCACCUGGUGCGACCCCAGGAAGGGUUUCUGCAUUGCUAGCACAGAUGUCUGCUGCGUACAGGGCAGGCACCACUAGCUGACAUAGUUUCCACCCCAUCCCCUCUGCACUCUUUCACCCAUUUCUCACAAUAAAUUUUUUUAGAAAAUAAACCUCUGCUUUUGUUUGCUCUCUGUAGCAGUGUAACUUCUGAACCAUUACAGGCUCUUUGUUACCAUCUGUGCUAGCAAGACUGUAGAAUGUGCUAGACUAGGGGGGAAUGUUUGAAAAAUAAAAACCUGUAAUCCUCU